UGCGACUACGCUAGCGCAGACCGCCAGUUGCUGCUGAGACACACGCGCAGACAUCAUCAUCAUCAUCGGCAGCCGCACGCGUCCUCCCACAAUGCCGAAGGGCAACUUGAGGCGCCGAUCUCAAAGGUUCAAAUGUCUGAUGUGUGAUCGUCUGCUUUGGUCAGUCUCUGAACUCCUGAAAGCUGUCAGAGUGACACGCCCACUUCCGGUGCAUCGUAGCAAAUUACAAGCGUGCAGAUGGUUUGGUCUUAAUCUGCUCGACAUGUUUGCCCACGCCGGCAGCACGCUCAACAUGCUCGCAGUGCUGCUGCUGUGUGCGACCGUGGCCCCGCUUCGGGCCUUCGUGGACGAACUGGACGACUCCUUGUUGGAGAUGAGACAAAUUGAAGACAUUUGGCUGAUUAAAUUUUACGCCCCCUGGUGUUCGAUGUGCAAGCAGCUGGACCCGGUGUGGCACCAGAUCGGUUCGGAGCUGAAGAGCGUCGGGUCUCCCGUCAACGUCGGCAAAUGUGACGCCAUCGCUAACGCGGGCUUGGCUAAAGAGUUCAAAGUUCGCAGCUAUCCCGCCAUCUUCAUGUGGAAGAAUGAUGUAAAAUAUCUUCACAUAGGACCCCGAACCGGAGACGCCAUCGUCAAAUUUGCUCAUCGAAUUAGUGGUCCGCUGAUUCGACCUUUGACCAGCCUGAAGCUCUUCCAACACGCUCUGAGUCACCAUGAUGUCAUGUUUGUUUAUAUUGGAGCGUCAUCGCCACUCAAAGGUGUGUUCUCUGCCGUGGCUCAGGAGAUGAUCGUGUCCACAUUCUUCUUCUCUGCCAGCAGAGAAGUCCUGCCCAAGGCCGUGUCGCUUCCCGCUCUCCCGACUGUGGUGGUCUUCAAAGAUGCCGGUUACUUCAGCUACAAUGAGACGAGCGACGGCUCGCUGAAGGCCUGGAUCAAAAGGGAAAGAUUCAACAACUACGCCAAUGUGGACAGCUACAUGCUCUAUGCCAUGGGAGACUCGGGGAAGCUGGUUCUAUUGGCGCUGUUGGACGACGCCAGUGUGAGCCAACAAAAUCUCAGGUACAAAAGUCUGGUCAAGAAAGUUUCACAAGACUACAAAGCUGUCUACAGCAGAAACAUCCACUUUGGCUUCAUGGAGGGCGAUCACUACAUCAACGGACUCAUCAUGGGCAAACUCGGACUUCCGGCCAUCGUCAUGUUGAAUCUGUCCACCGACAGCUACUUCCUGCCGCCGACCUCGCUGGAGACUGAGCGCCACCUGCUGGACUUUUUGGAUCAGGUUCUGGACGGCAGCAUCCAGGCUCACGGAGGAAACGGAGUCACUCAGCGAGUCAGACGUUUCAUUUACGAAACCAAAGUCACGCUCCUGCCGCUCUUCGCUGAGGCUCCGCUGCUCGGCUGCUUCCUGCUGGGCCUCCCGCUGGGCCUUGUGGGCUUGGUGUGCUUCGUGUGCCGGACGGCCCUGUCAGACCACGGAGGCCAAGAAGACGACGACGACCGGCACAUCUACUCUCGGAGACAAAUACCAGAGAAGAAGUCAGACUGAGCGACAUCGGUAGAACUUCAGAGGGUCGCGAACGUCACAAGUCUCUCCGGCCUACAAAAAAGAAACGAAUACAUAUUGGACUCACAGUGGGCCUCCAGAUGGCUUUUUGUUGAGUCUCCACUUCAGCGUCUUUAGUGAGUGGGUGUGAAACCUCAGAGAUGCUAACGUUAGCAUUACAUUAGCAACGUGUUCCCCUUUGGACAUCACGAGUUCAAUAGACAAACACGCUGUUGUCAAAUGUGUUGUCAUGUGACUGCUGCAAGGUUUUUUCCCAGUUGUUGUCAUCAGCAAAUGGCAACAAACAAUACAACAUGAAAAAAAGUAAUUCUUGUUACAUUUAUGUACAUAAACAUUUUAUUCAUUCAUUCACUGGAGUUUUCCACAAAUGAGAGAAAAAUAAUUAUAUAAUUAUUGGAAUAUAUCAUAAUAUUAUGUUAUUAAUAAGUAUAUUAUAAUUAUAUUAAUUAUAUUAUCUACUACUUUCAUUUGAAUGGAGAAAGCAUGAAAAUAGAAUUGAUAGAAACAGGAAGUGUUUAGGCGCCUACAAAGUAAAAGUACCUGACAAAAAAGUUUAACACAAACAACAUCUGCUUCAAAUCAUCAUCAUCAUCAGGAUUGCGCAGGUAGGCGGGGCCUAACCAAGGUGAGCCGAGGUCAAGGUGUACCCAGCCUGUCAGUCAUGGGCUCUUCUCGUGUCCAUUUUCAGGCUAUAAACGUUUUUCUUUUUAAAUCAUCUUUCUUGAAAAAACCCAAUGUACAAGAAAGCAAACUGGCAAUUUAGUCCCUAAUAAGAUAAUUGAUAUUCUUUACUGGGUAUAUUUGAGUGGAUUAGAGAGAGGAGUGUACGUGGAGCGCCACAUUGAAUUCUUUCAAAAUAAAAGAAUGUAGCCGAGCACCCGCUCGCCUUCCGUU